AUGACUGGAAGCAGAACUCAGGUACUCAAUGCUUCACAUAUAAUCACCAGGCAGGAGGAAAUCAAUAGCGAUAUAGAGCAAAAGGGCAGCCCAAAGAAAUAUCCAUCAUCAUCAGGUGGAUGGAGAUCAGCAUCUUGUAUCCUAGAAUCAAAUCUUAUUACAUUUCUGACUGGUCCACUUGAAGAAUCUGUGGCAGCAGCAGAAUCGCAAGUGAAUACAUGGAUGGGUGUAGUUUCACUAGUUCCAAUUAUGGGAGCAUUGUUGGCCGAUUCUUUUGUCGGUUGUUAUAGAUCGAUCAUUGUUUUUUCAACUCUCUACAUCAUGCACGGAUACAAGCUGUGUAUACAAGCAUUUGGAGCUGAUCAAUUUGAUGGAAACCAUCAACUUCCAAGUAAACGAAGAGCUAAGAGUUCGUUUUUCAACUGGUGGAUUUAUGGGACGAGUUCAGGUGCUGUAUUAGCACACUUGACCUUACAUUACAUCCAAGACAACAUAAGUUGGGGAAUCGGUUUCGGGAUUCCAUGUAUUGCUAUGAUUGUUGGGCUUGUCCUGUUUUUACUUGGAACAGCAAUGUAUCGAUUUCCAGCUGCCAGAGUUGACGACGAUGAUGAGUGCUCCUGCGAGACGAUCAGUCAACGGUUCUUGCAAGUCAGCGGUGAUUCGCAUAAUGUGGUUCAUCAAUCAUUAAACAGCAUCAUUGGGGGUGAAGAAGAUGCUGCCAAGAUGCUGCCAUCAUUCCUGGUCAAAAUUUUCAACGCUAUAAGUUGUUAACAGAAUCUCUCAAUAUUGAGAUCAUGUCAUUUCCAAAACAAGGCUGAUCACACUCAUCGAUGAUGAAAUAUGUUUGACUAUCAAGAAUUCCUCGAGUAUCUCG